UUACCUGCUUCAGGUAAGAGUGAGAGUUGAGGAAACCACAACCAAAACAGCUGAUCGAACUGCACGGUUUGUUGGAUUAUUCUGAAAUUGGUUGCUCCGUUGAGAGGUUUUCAGUAAGAAGUUGACAUUUGGCUAUGAGCAAGUUUUGGAUCAACUUCCCCUUACCGCUGCCUGCAUUAUACAUCGUUGCAGCGUGUCUAAAUUAUGCAGCUCUUACGUGGGCUAUUCAGGUGACUUCCACAGGACCACAGACCAUCAAGAAAGCCCAGGGGGAGAGUCUUACUUUGGGAUGCACAUACACCGCGGCCGCCACAGAUGUCGGAGACCUGGACAUUGAGUGGACACUCGUCAGUCCAGACAUGACCCAAAAAGAUGAGCUGAUCUUAUCCUACACCGGAGGGAUCCAAUAUGAGCUAGGAAACGCAGACCUGAUGAGUCGCUUGAAGUUUGUCGGCGACCCGAGCCGCGGCGACGCCAGCAUCACCUUCUCCACCCUCAAGGUCUCGGACACGGCCACGUACCAGUGCAAAGUGAAGAAGACACCCGGCAUCGACUCUAGGAAAGUCACUAUAGUGGUGUUGGUACGACCUUCGCCCCCUAAAUGCUCGCUGGAAGGUAGCGAGGAGAAGGGCGAGAGCGUUUCACUCCGCUGCAAAUCCUCCCAGGGUUCAUCACCUCUGAAAUAUACAUGGACCAAAGAAAGUGGAAACAUGCCACCAACCGCAACACAGAAUCCCCUGACCGGAGAGCUGCUCAUCUCGAACCACAGCGAGAGCUACACGGGGAAGUACUUCUGUGAGGUCAGCAAUGAAGUAGGAGCGGAGAGGUGCGCGUACUCCCUUCAAGCAUAUAACCCAACCAAUAAAGUGGGAAUGAUUGUGGGAGCUGUGAUUGGUGCUUUGCUGUUGCUGCUCCUCCUCCUUUUGCUGAUCUGGCUCCUGAUUUGCUGUUGCAACAAGCGGCGCUAUGAAAAAGAGGUAGCCAAUGAGAUCAGGGAGGACACCAGAGCUCCGGAGAGUCGUCCGGGAAGCCGUAGCUCCAGCUUCCGAUCUGUAAUGAACUACAACGUCCACCCCGGGAUCUAUUACAGCUCCGUAAACAAAGCCAACGUCACUCGGACCGGAUCGGGUCACAGCAGUGCCCACACCGAACGCAGCAGAGUCCAAAGGGAAGCCGGCAUGCUCGCGUCUGAUCACAGGCCUCCGCUCACGUAUGAUAGUAAAUACGGAUACCCCGUAUAACAGGACAUUAAUACUGCACUGAAGAAUAUUCACGUUUGUGAAUACCUAAUGUUCAGGAUAGAGAUCUAAUAUAUGUAUAGUUGUGCUGAUGUAUUUUUGUAUGAUUGUUUUAUAAGUAGCCUAUUUACAAAGUCAUUUUGGUGAAAUGUGGUCAAAGUGAUAGUGGUAAUUUGAAUGCAUUAAACUAACAAACCUUUAUGUUUUAACAAUAAAUUCAGUCUUAUAAGAUUGAAAGGUAAAACAAAGUUUAAUUUGAGUGGUUUUAAUUAUUUUAGAUUAAUGAAUUGACCUAUAUAAUUAUAGUUAUUUUUUUAUUUAAAUUCAAUUUAUGAAAUGUAAAAUAUAUAUUUUUUUAAAUGAAUAAAUCAUGCCCCCUGACCCAUGCAAAUUACUUAAUAAUGAAUUUUCCUAUCGUCAGAGUGGUUUGGGAUUACACCGGAUUUUGUUUAUUUAUUUAUUUCUUUGUUUUUGUUUUUUUAGUUCAAAAAGAGCUAAAGCGGUCUGAGUUGUGAUAUAAGUGAUAUGUAAGUCCAGCCUCUCAAGUCAAUUUAAUUUGUAACGCUUUUCACAAUGGACAGUACUUCAAGCAAAGCAUUUUACAGAAAAAAUAAUAAUGUCUCAAAAUUUGUAAGGUCCUCAUUUGGAAGUCCAUAUUUUUCUGUAAAAAUAAAAUAAAAUCUCCUCCUCUCUGGAUGAGAUUUGGGCAUAAUAGCUGGAUUAGGUCCAACCCCACCUAACCCUGCCCAUAACUCUCUCUCCACCCAUCAUAUCCACAGAGUACUAGAUCAAGAUAUACCUAUGUCCAGAGAGGAGGAGGUUUGGCUCUACAGAGAGCACCACUUGAAGGAACACAGCUUAGAUGUUAA